UCUCUUCUCCAGGCUGAACAGCCCCAACUCUCUCAGCCUUCCUAUAAGAUCAUCAAUUUUGCGCCAAGUCUACUGCAAAUCAUAGUAUCGGAUCAAGUUGAAUUUCCAGUGCGUCAAGCAGCUGCCAUUUAUCUGAAGAACAUGGUGACACAGUACUGGCCAGACCGUGAACCACCUCCUGGAGAAGCAGUGUUUCCAUUCAACAUUCAUGAAAACGAUCGUCAGCAGAUUCGUGAUAACAUCGUAGAAGGAAUAAUUCGUUCUCCUGACUUAGUGAGAGCUCAGCUGACAAUGUGCCUCCGUGCUAUCAUUAAACAUGACUUUCCUGGCCAUUGGACAGCUGUGGUGGACAAAAUAGGCUACUACUUGCAGUCUCAGAACAGUGGGAGUUGGCUUGGGAGCCUCCUGUGCCUGUAUCAGCUGGUGAAGACUUAUGAAUACAAAAAAGCAGAGGAGCGAGAUCCUCUCAUAGCCGCAAUGCAAAUAUUUUUGCCUCGGAUUCAGCAGCAGAUGAUCCAGCUUCUGCCUGAUAACUCCCAUUACUCUGUACUGCUUCAGAAACAAAUCUUAAAAAUCUUCUAUGCUCUUGUUCAGUAUGCAUUGCCGCUCCAGUUGGUGAAUAACCAGACUAUGACUCAGUGGAUGGAGAUCUUCCGUACGAUCAUCGAUAGAAAUGUACCUCCGGAGACUUUGCAAAUUGAUGAAGAUGAUAGACCAGAGCUGGUGUGGUGGAAGUGCAAGAAGUGGGCGUUGCAUAUUGUAGCUCGCCUUUUUGAACGGUAUGGAAGUCCCGGAAAUGUAACUAAGGAAUACUUUGAAUUCUCAGAGUUUUUUUUAAAAACCUAUGCUGUGGGCAUACAACAGGUUCUAUUAAGAAUCUUAGACCAAUACAGACAAAAAGACUAUAUUGCGCCACGUGUUCUUCAGCAGACGUUAAAUUAUCUGAACCAAGGGGUUAUUCACUCUGUAACAUGGAAGCAAAUGAAGCCACACAUACAGAGUAUAACAGAAGAAGUGAUAUUCUCUCUAAUGUGCUACAAAGAUGAGGAUGAAGAGCUCUGGCAAGAGGAUCCAUAUGAAUAUAUCCGCAUGAAAUUUGAUGUAUUUGAGGAUUAUGCAUCCACUACAACAGCAGCACAGAAUCUCCUUUAUACUGCUGCGAAGAAGAGAAAAGAGGUAUUGCCAAAAAUGAUGGCAUAUUGCUACCAGAUUUUGACAGAGCCAAACAUUGAUCCAAGAAAAAAAGAUGGGGCUUUGCAUGUCAUAGGAUCUCUAGCAGAUAUUUUACUGAAGAAGAGUGUCUUCAAGGAUCAAAUGGAGCUGAUGUUACAGAAUCAUGUAUUUCCAUUGUUCAUGUCUAACUUGGGGUACCUCAGAGCUAGGUCCUGUUGGGUACUUCAUUCAUUCAGUGCUUUGAAAUUUCACAAUGAGCUAAACUUGAGGAAUGCAGUAGAGUUGGCAAAGAAGAGCCUGAUUGAUGAUAAGGAAAUGCCUGUCAAAGUAGAAGCAGCCAUAGCUCUUCAAACGUUAAUAAGCAACCAAGAGCAAGCCAAGGAAUAUGUGAAGCCUUAUGUAAGGCCAGUUAUGCAAGAGCUCUUGCACAUUGUCAGAGAGACGGAAAAUGAUGAUCUUACUAAUGUAAUCCAGAAGAUGAUCUGUGAGUACAGUCAGGAAGUAGCUACCAUCGCCGUCGACAUGACUCAACACCUGGCUGAAAUAUUUGGUAAAGUACUUCAGAGUGAGGAAUAUGAGGAAGUAGAAGACAAAACAGUUAUGGCCAUGGGCAUCUUGCACACAAUUGAUACUAUCCUUACAGUUGUGGAAGAUCACAAGGAGAUAACCCAACAGCUGGAGAGCAUUUGUUUACAGAUCAUUGGUCUCGUUUUGCAGAAACAUGUUAUAGAGUUCUACGAAGAAAUUCUCUCCUUGGCCUACAGCUUGACAUGCCAGAUGAUUUCACCUCAAAUGUGGCAGCUUUUGGGUGUUCUAUAUGAGGUUUUCCAGCAGGAUUGCUUUGAGUACUUUGCAGAUAUGAUGCCUCUCUUGCAUAAUUAUGUGACCAUUGACACUGAUACUUUACUGUCUAACCCAAAGCAUUUAGAAAUAAUUUAUGCUAUGUGUAAAAAGGUAUUAACAGGAGAUGCAGGAGAAGAUGCAGAGUGCCAUGCAGCCAAACUCCUAGAAGUAAUUGUUCUUCAAUGCAAAGGACGGGGUAUUGACCAGUGUAUUCCACUCUUCGUGGAGGCUGUUCUGGAGCGGCUAACUAGAGGAGUUAAAACAAGUGAGCUUCGUACCAUGUGUCUUCAGGUUGCCAUAGCUGCACUCUACUACAAUCCUGACCUACUUCUGCACACCUUAGAGAACAUCAGAUUUCCACACAAUCCUGAGCCCAUCACUGCACAGUUCAUAAACCAGUGGAUGAAUGACACAGACUGUUUUCUUGGACUCCAUGACAGAAAGAUGUGUAUAAUAGGACUGAGUAUCCUAAUGGAAUUGCAGAACCGACCACCUGCAGUGGAUGCUGUGGCUGCUCAGAUUGUCCCUUCAAUCCUCCUCCUCUUCCUGGGCUUAAAACAAGUUUGCGCCUCACGAGAACUCACAGAACAUGAGGAUCAUGCUAAAGAUGAAAAACACGUUGCAGAAGAUAAUGAAGAGAUACCGAGUGAUGAGGAGGAAACAAAUGAAGUGAGCCAGGCGAUGCAAGAGAACCAUGGUGGAGGAGGAGAUGGAGGUGGUGGUGGUGGAGGUGGAGAGGAAGAAGAUGAAGAUGAUGAUGAUGACUGGGAUGAAGAUGCACUGGAAGAGACUGCUCUUGAAGGGUUCAGCACACCUCUUGACCUUGAAAAUGGUGUUGAUGAAUACCAGUUUUUUACACAAGCACUUUUAGCGGUGCAGAGCCGAGACGCAGCCUGGUACCAUUCACUGACAGCGCCGUUGAGUGAGGAUCAGAAGAAACAGCUGCAGGAGAUUUAUACAUUAGCAGAACAUCGACGAAAUGCUGCAGAGACUAAGACAAUAGAACAACAAAGUGGCUACACGUUUGACAACAAAGGACUGAUCACAGCAUUUAACUUUGCUGGAAGUACUCCUGGUGGCAACUGAAGGAUGAGCUACAAGGGUCAAUGGGAAAGGUCUCAUCAUUACAUUUUCUUGAAAUCAUCGUGACUUCUGAGUGUCAGGGGAGGGUAAUUUAAUGCUGCUGAAGGUUUUCUGGAAAAUAGCAGUGUGCUUCCCCCACCAGAAUGCUCUUUCUAACCAGCUACUGUAAUGUACAAAUUCUUGUGGUGUUUUUAUAAUUUGAUGGACUGAAAGGAAACAUUUGUCCUCAAGGAACCUGAAUGACUGGGAGGGGCCAGGCUGCGUCUAAUUGAGUUGCACUUCUCAGGUUUUUGCUGUGCAGAAUUGAUAGAUUCGUAUGGAUAACAGUGCCUUCUGUUGUACAUGGAUUGCCUGAACAAAUGGAUUUUGGAGUGCAUUAUAAUUUUUUAAGUGUAAGGACAUUUCUUGAUACACUGUAAGCCUUGGUUCCAUGUUUUCCAGUCACCUGCUUUUUACUUCUUGGUUUAAUUGUUUGUUGGUUGCAUACACAUUGCUGGAUUGAGAAUAUUAUCUCAUCUUCCUUAUUUGGUGCAGACCAAAUGUGUAGAGGGAGGUGUCUGUUGGAGCUGCAAAGCAUACACUGGUUACGUCAAACGGUCUUAACAAAAUUGCAGAUUUUCCC